AUGUCUGGAACCCCCGCCUUACAAAAUGAUCCCCUACUUUUGCUCCGGAAAUCAAUUGCUUCUAACGCUCCUUUUAUGCCCACCAUAGGCAAGAAAGAAAACUCUGCGACGACUGAAGAACCUAGCCUAGCCACUGCCACGCAUUUAUACUUCACAUCACCAAAGCCAAGGCAUGUUUCACUUAGUAUCCUCACAAGAUUCAUAUCAUCUGCGAAGCCCGUCGAUCUUCGCAGUAUUUAUUUCGCCUGGCUUAAGAGAGAAUCCGCUAUCCCCGAAUAUAACGCUGCCGCAUUGGCACUUAAUACAGAGCUUGGAACAGGCUUCGAAAUCCACAAAUUAGCAUUCGUCGAGCGCCUUGACUUGAUAACUUGGCUUGAGGGAGCUAGUGAAGAAAGUGAAUACAUCAAACCAUUCGUCGAAGAGAGUAUAUCAACGACACCAAGUACACAGGUUUCCGGUAAUCAUGGGGCUGCUGUACCUACCAGUAGCCAACGAAAGACAAAAACUAUAGACCCACGCCUCGCCGAAAUUUAUUUCAGCGAGAGACAGCUAGGUGAUAGAAACACACUACUUCGGGGAACCAAACCAACAGAUUUCUCCCAUGUUCGCAAGCUUGCCGCGCCUUUCAAUGCGCGUAAAGUUGCCGCCGCAGCGGCCCAAGCAGCAGCAGUCGCAGCAGCAGCCUCACAGAACCCUGUAGCUUUUCCACAAAACUCGAAAGGCCCAGUACGACGUCCAGAUCCUAUAAUCCUUCUCUCACCAUCGGCUUCAUCUCUACUAAAGAUGUCAAACAUCAAAUCCUUCCUAGAAAAUGGCGCCUACAUCCCAGCUGAUGGCGCAAACUCAACGUCGACUUCGAGCGCAUCAAUCUUACAUAUCUCUCGAUUAUUACCGAGUAUUGAUUCAAAUAGAGCUAUUCGAUUUAUCAUCGUCGAUACACCCGAGCAAUUCAAGCCAGAGUACUGGGGUCGUGUCGUGGCCGUUUUCACAACAGGCCAAGUGUGGCAGUUUAAAAGCUAUAAGUGGCAGCAGCCAACUGAUUUAUUCCGCCACACGCUUGGUGUUUACAUUGGUUGGCGAAAUGAGCCUUUACCCGAGACCGUGCGCGGCUGGGGAAGGGGGGUUUUAAGUGUCGGUAUCGACAGUUAUGUACCUGGGGGGAGCCGUUGGCGGGACCGCGAGGUAGUAGAAGGGAUCUGGAAGAAUGUCGAAGAAGGAAUGCGUGCCAGGGGAUGGACGCGUGAUAAUGGCCCCUUGAAUGUCUAA